GAAUUUACCGCACCUUACCAAUUGGUGGCGCGCUUUAUAAUUUACGGAAGACGGAAACUGAGAAAGUGCCGUCUGCUCUUCCUUUUAUGUUGCGGAAACAAUUAAAGCUGAAAGAUAUUACUUUUAGACGGUUCAUACAGCAUAGUAUUAGUGGAGUGAAAAUAAUAUAACAUGGCUGGCGGUGAUGAUGAUAUUCCUCCCUUGGAGGAUAUGAGUGAGGUAUCGGAACAGAUUCAGGGUCUAAAGGAAGCAUCCUCCUACUCAUCAACGUCAUCAAGCAAUCUGGAGAUGACUACUGCAUCUCCUACUGUUGCUAAUGGCAACGCAUCAUCGACAUCAUCAACAAAUGAAUUACUGAGCAGUUCCAAAUCAGCAAAGUAUAAUAACCCAAAGGUAUCUACCCAACCAGUGAAAUAUUGCAGCUCAUCAACUGGCAGCUUUGGCGGGAUGAAGAAAGGUUUCCUCUUCGGUGCGCCCAGCAAGAAAACCACCUUCCCUGGUAAAACAACAGCCAGCCCAGCCAAAUCCACACAGGCAGCAGAUCCUAAUCCAGUGGGUGGUGAAGACAUCCCCUUGAUUCGACCGAAGAAAGAUGACGGGGAUAGCAAGGAGAAGUAUCAGAUUGAUGAGGUACAGGAGGCAUUGAAAGCCACUGCUCCACUCCUGCAAAGGAAAGAGUGGGUCACUGACGAUCUCCUAUCAAAUGUUGAGAAGCAUCCUCGUCUGGCCAAGCAGCUGACAGAUCCUAGAUUCGCUUCAGCCGUUCAGAAGUUCCAGACCAACCCACACCAGGCUAUGCAGGAUUACAAGGAUGAUACGGAGGUGCAGCAGUUCUUGAAAGAUUUCUCAGCUCUGCUUGGUGAUCAUUUCUCCACUAUGGGAGGAUCUUCCCCGCCCUCCUUUCCUUCAUCAGUCCCGCCCCCUCAAGGGACCAUCAGAACCCACGACAGCCCUAACGGAGCCGACAUCAAAGUGAAGAGCAGCACUAAUCCCAAGCAAGCCACGGCGGAAGACGAAGCCAAGAUGCAGCAGAUCUUAUCCGAUCCCGAGAUCAGAGAGAUCAUGAUGGAUAAGAAGAUACAGAGAUUAAUGGAAGCCUUGAGGAAUAAUCUGGAUCAAGGACAAAGAAUUCUCCAGUCAGCUGACCCCGAGAUGCGAGCCAAGAUUCAAAAGUUGGUGGAUGCAGGACUGCUGGGAUUUGCUCCUUAACAGGUCAAAAAGGUCAAAGGUAAUUAAAGGUCAUUACAAUGUGUCUGUCCAUGGAGUACCGAAGUGAAUACGUCUCGCACACAAAAUGCGUGUGAAAGACAUAUAAGCGCGUGGUUCAGCCCGUGAACCAACACGCGUGCGUACUCCAUUCGUUUGCACUACCCUUUCUGGUUCUAAAUAACAUCACAAUUCGGUACUCCAUUACAUGCUGGUCAUUGUUAAAAAAAAAAUAACUUGGGGUUCUUCAGAAACUACAUUGGAAAGACAAAUACUCCUGAAGUCCUCCAUGAGAACAAUUGCGACUGGAUUGCCCGACCCAUAGAUUUGCUAACCUGCCUUAUAUUCACAUUCCCAACUGUCCUUGUCAAAAAUAAUGACAUUUUCUGCUAAGAGUUAGCUUCUGGAUACGUUUUGAAUAAUUUUUAAAAAUUCCGUCCAGUUUUGUUUGUACAUUUUUUGUUGUUGUAAAAAUUGUAAAUAAAGACUGGAAUCCGCCAGCUAAUUUGUGACUCCAUUUCAUGUAUUCAACAGUUCAAUUUUUUUUCUAAAUUUCGGCAAGGCAAAGGACUAAUGUAAGGGGAG